AUGUCCUACUGGGGCUGCGACCUGACCCACUGGAUCCAGGGUGGCGUCCAUCAGCACUCUGUGAAAGUCCAUUACUUUGACCGCCUUCUCAUGAGGAAUGUGUCUGGCACGGCAACUUGUCAGACUCCCAUCUCCACCUCCCCUACCUCUGUUCCACCAACAUUGUGGCUGCCCCAAGUCACCUGUGGGAAAACAGACAUGACUGUUAAACUACCUGCUGGAAUGCUGAUAGAUGUGAAGGUGCUUGGUCCAGAGGCGUUGUUGCACGUUCAUGAUGGAUACAGUGUAACUCAGUGGAAAAGUCUCAAUGCCUUGUUUGUCAAAUUUUCCCAAUCAAAUGUGGAGUAUGGCAGUCUCUCGCUUCAACUGGUUUAUCAGAACUCUGCUGGAGAGUUGUCCACCACAUUGGUAUCGUGUUUCCCUCAGCCUUUCAAGUCAAGAAAUGUAGAAGAACCUUUUGGGGAUUUAUGGGGAUUCCCAAAUAUUCCCACUGCACCCUAUAUGAUAGAUCAGACCCCAGUCAUCACCAAUGUUCCUUCAACAUCUGUAGCAUCCACCCCACUAGGAGCUUUUUGCUUGUGGGGCUUCCCAUUCAUUCCUACUGGAGCUUUUAUUCCUUGUAAAGAAUCAACAACUCCAGCCACUACAACAACAACAACUCCAGCCACUACGGCAGCCGCAACUGCAGCUGCCACUACGACAACAGCCACUGCCACUACAACUGCAGACACCACAGAGACAACACCUGCCACCACAACAGCCGCUGCCACCACUACCGCAGCCCCUGCCACCAUAACUGUAGACGCCACUACGACUGCAGCUGAAAUUACAACAGACCCUGCCACCACAACUGCAGACACCAAUACGACUACUACCACAACUUUAGCUUCCACUACGACAGUCUCUGCCACCACAGCAACAGCAGCCGCCAGCGCAACUGUAGCCGCCACUACGACUACAGCAGCCACCACAACAGCAGCCGCUGCCACCACAACAGCAGCCGCUGCCACCACAACUUAUGCUGGUACCACAAGAGCAGCAUCUGCAACAACAACAGCAGCUGCCACUACGACUGCUAACACAACAGCAGCUGCCACUACGACGACAGCCCCUGCCACCACAACUGUAGACACCACUACAACUACUACCACAACUGCAGCUUCCACUACAAUAGCCUCUGCCACCAUAGCAACAGCAGUCGGCAGCACAACUGUAGCCGCCACUACAACUACAGCAGCCACUACAACAGUAGCAACUGCCACCACAACUCCAGCUGGUACCACAAGAGCUGCAACCACAACUGCAGCCGCCACUACGACAGCUGCCACUUUGACAACACCCCCUGCCACCACAACUUUAGCCGCUACCACAACAGCUGCCACUGCAAAUACAAGUGCAUAUGCUACCACAGCUGCAGCUGCCCCUAUGACAACAGCUGCUACCACCACAGCUGCAGCUGCCACUAUGACGACAGCCACUACCACCACAACUGCAGCUGACACCACAACUGCAGCUGACACCACUACUGCAGCCUCUGCCAGCAUAACUAAGGACGCCACUACGACAGCCCCUGCCACCACAACUGGACACACCACUAAGACAGCCCAUGCCACCAACUCUUUAGCCGCUACAAGAACAGCAGCCAUUGCAACCACAAGUGCAGCUGCCACUAUGACGACAGCCGCUGACACCACAACUGCAUUUGCCACCACGACAACAGCCAUUGCCACCACUACGACAGCCCCUGCCACCGUAACUGCAGCCACUAAUAGGAUAGCCCCUGCCAACACAACUGCAGACAUUACCACAACUGUAGGUUCCACUAUGACAGUCCCUGCCACCACAGCAACAGCAGCUGCCACCAUAACUGUAGCCACCACUAUGAAUACAGCAGCCACUACAACAGUAACAACUGCAACCACAACUGCAGCUGCCCCUACGACAACAGCCGCUACUACCACAGCUGCAGCUGCCACUAUGACGACAGCCACUGCCACCACAACUGUAGCUGACACCACAACUGCAGCUGACACCACAACUGCAGCCCCUGCCACCAUAACUAAGGACGCCACUACGACAGCCCCUGCCACCACAAUUGGAGACACCACUAAGACAGCCCAUGCCACCAAAACUUUAACUGCUACCAGAACAGCAGCCAUUGCAACCACAAGUGCAGCUGCCACCACAACUGCAGCUGCCACUAUGAUGACAGCCGCUGCCACCACAACUGUAGCUGACACCACAACUGCAGCUGACACCACAACUGCAGAGUCUGCCACCAUAACUAAGGACGCCACUACGACAGCCCCUGCCACCACAACUGGAGACACCACUAAGACAGCCCAUGCCACCAAAACUUUAGCCGCUGCCAGAACAGCAGCCAUUGCAACAGCAAGUGUAGCUGCUACAUCAACUGCAGCUGCCACUAUGAUAACAGUCGCUACCACCACAACUGUAGACACCACUAAGACAACCCCUGCCACCUCAACAGCAGCCACUGCUACCACUACAGCAGCCCCUGCCACCGUAACUGUAGACACCACUACGACAGGCCCUGCCACCACAACUGGAGACACCACUAAGAGAACUCAUGCCACCACAACUUUAUCCGCUACCACAACAGCAGCCACAAGUGCAGCUGCUACCACAACUGUAGCUGCCACUAUGACGACAGCCGCUGCCACCACUACUGCAGUCCCUGCCACCGUAACUGUAGACGCCACUACGACAGGCCCUGCCACCACAGCUGGAGACACCACUAAGAGAACUCAUGCCACCACAACUUUAACCGCUACCAACACAGCAGCCACUGCAACCACAACUGCAGCCACAUAUACGACAGCCCCUGCCACAACAGCAACAGCAGCAGACACCACCACGACUGUAGCCGCCACUUCAACUACAGCAGCCACUACAACAGUAGCAACUGCCACCACAACUCCAGCUGGUACCACAAGAGCAGCAGCUUCAACCACAACUGCAGCUGCCACUACGACAACAGCCGCUACCACCACAACUGCAGACACUGCUAAGACAACCCCUGCCACCACAACAGCAGCCACUGCCACCACUACUGCAGCCCCUGCCACUGUAACUGUAGACACCACUAUGACAGCCCCUGCCACCACAACUGGAGACACAACAAAGACAACCCAUGCCACCACAACUUUAUCCGCUACCACAACAGCAGCCACUGCCACCACAACUGCAGCUGAUAUUAAGACGACAGCCACUGCCAGCACAACUACAGACACCACCACGACUCCUACCACAACUGCAGCUUCCACUACGACAGCCUCUGCCACCAUAGCAACAGCAGUCGCCAGCACAACUGUAGAUGCCACUACACCUACAGCGGCCACCACAAGUGCAGCCGCUGCCAGCACAACUCCAGCUGGUACCACAAGAGCAGCAUCUGCAACCACAACUGCAUUUGCCACCACAACGACUGCUACCACUAAUGCAGCCGCCAUUACGACUGCUAUCACAACAGCCGCUUCCACCACAACUGCAGCCGCCACCACGACAACAGCCGCUGCCACCACUACUGCAGCCCCUGCCACCGUAAUUGCAGACGUCCCUACGACAGCACCUGCCACCACGACUGCAGCCACAUAUACGACAGCCCCUGUCACCACAACUGCAGCCACAUAUACGACAGCCCCUGCCACCACAGCAACAGCAGCCGCCACCACAACUGCAGCCGCCACUUCAACUACAGCAGCCACUACAACAGUAGCAACUGCAAACACAACUCCAGCUGGUACCACAAGAGCAGCAGCUGUAACCACAACUGCAGCUGCCACUACAACAACAGCCUCUACCACCACAACUGCAGACACCACUAAGAAAACUCCUGCCAUCACGACAGCAGCCACUGCUAUCACUACUGCAGCCCCUGCCACCGUAAAUGUAGAGGCCACUUCGACAGCCUCUGCCACCACAACUGGAGACACCACUAAGACAACCCAUGCCACCACAAUUUUAGCCGCUACCACAACAGCAGUCACUGCCACAACAAAUGCAGACCCCACUACGACAGCCUCUGCCACCAUAGCAACAGCAGUCGCCAGCACAACUGUAGCUGCCACUACAACUACAGCAGCCACUAUAACAGUAGCAACUGCCACCACAACUCCAGCUGCCAUCACAACACCAGCUGGUACCACAAGAGCAGCAGCUGCUACCACUACAGCAGCCCCUGCCACCACUACUGCAGCCCCUGCCACCGUAACUGUAGACGCCACUACGACAGCCUCUGCCAACACAACUGGAGACACUACUAAGACAUCCCAUGCCACCACAACUUUAGCCGCUACCACAACAGCAGCCACAGCAACCACAAGUGCAGCUGCUACCACAACUGCAGCUGCCACUAUGACGACAGUCGCUGACACCACUACUGCAGCCGCUGCCUCCGUAACUGUAGACGCCACUACGACAGCCACUGCCACCACAAAUGCAGACGCCACUAUGACAGUCCCUGCCACCACAACUGCAGCUGAAAUUACAACAGACCCUGCCACCACAACUGCAGACACCAAUACGACUACUACCACAACUUUAGCUUCCACUACGACAGUCUCUGCCGCAACAGCAGCCGCCAGCACAACUGUAGAUGCUACUACGACUACAGCAGCCACUACGACUACAGCAGCCGCUGCCUCCACAACUCCAGCUGGUACCACAAGAGCAGCAUCUGCAACCACAACAGCAGCCACCACAACAGCAGCCACCACAACGACUGCCACCACAACAACAGCCGCUGCCACCACAACAGCAGCCGCUGCCACCACAACUUCAGCUGGUACCACAAGAGCAGCAUCUGCAAAAACAACAGCAGCUGCCACUAUGACUGCUAACAAAACAGCAGCUGCCACUACGACGACAGCCCCUGCCACCACAACUGUAGACACCACUACAACUACUACCACAACUGCAGCUUCCACUACAAUAGCCUCUGCCACCAUAGCAACAGCAGUCGGCAGCACAACUGUAGCCGCCACUACAACUACAGCAGCCACUACAACAGUAGCAACUGCCACCACAACUCCAGCUGGUACCACAAGAGCUGCAACCACAACUGCAGCCGCCACUACGACAGCUGCCACUUCGACAACACCCCCUGCCACCACAACUUUAGCCGCUACCACAACAGCAGCCACUGCAAAUACAAGUGCAUAUGCUACGACAGCUGCCCCUAUGAUAACAGCCGCUACCACCACAACUGCAGCUGACACCACUACUGCAGCCCCUGCCACCAUAACUAAGGACGCCACUACGACAGCCCCUGCCACCACAACUGGAGACACCACUAAGACAGCCCAUGCCACCAACUCUUUAGCCGCUACAAGAACAGCAGCCAUUGCAACCACAAGUGCAGCUGCUACAUCAACUGCAGCUGCCACUAUGAUAACAGCCGCUACCACCACAACUUCAGACACCAAUAAGACAACCCCUGCCACCUCGACAGCAGCCACUGCUACCACUACUGCAGCCCCUGCCACCGUAACUGCAGACGUCCCUACGACAGCCCCUGCCACCACAACUGCAGCCAUAUAUACAACAGCCCCUGCAACCACAGCAACAGCAGCCGCCACCACCACAACUGUAGCCGCCACUUCAACUACAGCAGCCACUACAACAGUAGCAACUGCCACCACAACUCCAGCUGGUACCACAAGAGCAGCAGCUUCAACCACAACUGCAGCUGCCACUACGACAACAGCCGCUACCACCACAACUGUAGACACUGCUAAGACAACCCCUGCCACCUCGACAGCAGCCACUGCCACCACUACUGCAGCCCCUGCCACCGUAACUGUAGACGCCACUACGACAGCCUCUGCCAACACAACUGGAGACACAACUAAGACAACCCAUGCCACCACAACUUUAUCCGCUACCACAACAGCAGCCACCUGCCACCACAACUCAGCCGCCACCACGACUACAGCCGGCUGCCACAAGCACUACUGCAGCCCCUGCCACCGUAAUUGCAGACGCUCCACUACGACGACAGCACCUGCCACCACGACUGCAGCCACAAUACGACAGCCCCUGUCACCACAACUGCAGCCACAUAACGACAGCCCCUGCCACCAUAGCAACAGCAGUCGCCACCACAACUGCAGCCGCCACUUCAACUACAGCAGCCACUACAACAGUAGCAACUGCAACCACAACUCCAGCUGGUACCACAAGAGCAGCAGCUGCAACCACAACUGCAGCUGCCACUACAACAACAGCCUCUACCACCACAACUGCAGACACCACUCAAAUACAACUGCCACUCACGACAGCGAGCCACUGCAACACCAAUACGACUACUACCACAACUUUAGCUUCCACUACGACAGUCUCUGCCGCAACAGCAGCCGCCAGCACAACUCUAGAUGCUACUACGACUACAGCAGCCACUACGACUACAGCAGCCGCUGCCUCCACAACUCCAGCUGGUACCACAAGAGCAGCAUCUGCAACCACAACAGCAGCCACCACAACAGCAGCCACCACAACGACUGCCACCACAACAACAGCCGCUGCCACCACAACAGCAGCCGCUGCCACCACAACUUCAGCUGCAGCUGCCACUACGACGACAGCCCCUGCCACCACAACUGUAGACACCACUACAACUACUACCACAACUGCAGCUUCCACUACAAUAGCCUCUGCCACCAUAGCAACAGCAGUCGGCAGCACAACUGUAGCCGCCACUACAACUACAGCAGCCACUACAACAGUAGCAACUGCCACCACAACUCCAGCUGGUACCACAAGAGCUGCAACCACAACUGCAGCCGCCACUACGACAGCUGCCACUUCGACAACACCCCCUGCCACCACAACUUUAGCCGCUACCACAACAGCAGCCACUGCAAAUACAACAGCCACUGCUACCACUACUGCAGCCCCUGCCACCGUAACUGCAGACGUCCCUACGACAGCCCCUGCCACCACAACUGCAGCCAUAUAUACAACAGCCCCUGCAACCACAGCAACAGCAGCCGCCACCACCACAACUGUAGCCGCCACUUCAACUACAGCAGCCACUACAACAGUAGCAACUGCCACCACAACUCCAGCUGGUACCACAAGAGCAGCAGCUUCAACCACAACUGCAGCUGCCACUACGACAACAGCCGCUACCACCACAACUGCAGACACUGCUAA